CGCAUCCCGGGAAGAGCUUGGGUGCGAGGGGCCGUUGGGGGUCGUCGCUGAAGAGGCCCGCGGACGCCUCCGCUCUGCUACCAGUUUUGCACACUGGGCUGGGGCGCCGCAACUUCCGGGAGGGAUUACGCAUUUCCGGCCAAGAUGGCGGCGCCCAGGAGAGUCAGGUGCAGGCUAUUCUGGUUUUAGUAGCGGCUGCGACUCGAGGCCGGAGGAGAACCCCAGGAGUCGCCCCGCCAGGACGCCGGAGCCCCCCCAGCUGCGAAGACCCCCUGUUCGCAGCACUUGCUCCCCUUCUCACGAGCAGCCCAUGGCGGACCAAGGCCCCGGGGGUAGCCGCCUCCCCCUGGCGCUGCCCCCAGCCUCCUCCCAGGGGUCCUCGGCCGGUGGCGGCAGCUCCUCGGCCGGGGGCUCGAACAACCGACCGCCCCCGCGCAACCUCCAGGGCCUGCUGCAGAUGGCCAUCACGGCGGGCUCCGAGGAGCCCGACCCCCCUCCAGAACCCAUGAGCGAGGAGAGGCGCCAGUGGCUCCAGGAGGCCAUGUCUGCUGCCUUCCGGGGCCAGCGCGAGGAGGUGGAGCAGAUGAAGAGCUGCCUGCGGGUGCUGUCCCAGCCCAUGCCCUCUUCCGCCGGAGAGGCCGAGCUGGCCUCUGACCAGCAGGAGCGGGAGGGCGCCCUGGAGCUGCUGGCCGACCUGUGUGAGAACAUGGACAACGCGGCAGACUUCUGCCAGCUCUCGGGCAUGCACCUGCUGGUGGGCCGCUACCUGGAGGCGGCGGCGGCGGGGCUGCGGUGGCGCGCGGCGCAGCUCAUCGGCACGUGCAGCCAGAACGUGGCGGCCAUCCAGGAGCAGGUGCUGGGCCUGGGUGCCCUGCGCAAGCUGCUGCGGCUGCUGGACCGCGACUCCUGCGACUCCGUGCGCGUCAAGGCCCUCUUCGCCAUCUCCUGCCUGGUCCGCGAGCAGGAGGCAGGGCUGCUGCAGUUCCUCCGCUUGGACGGCUUCUCCGUGCUGAUGCGGGCCAUGCAGCAGCAGGUGCAGAAACUCAAGGUCAAAUCCGCGUUCCUGCUGCAGAACCUGCUGGUGGGCCACCCCGAGCACAAAGGAACCCUGUGCUCCAUGGGGAUGGUCCAGCAGCUGGUGGCCCUGGUGCGGACGGAGCAUAGCCCCUUCCACGAACACGUGCUGGGAGCCUUGUGCAGCCUGGUGACAGACUUCCCCCAGGGCGUGCGGGAGUGCCGGGAGCCCGAGCUGGGCCUGGAGGAGCUUCUGCGCCACCGGUGCCAGCUCCUGCAGCAGCGCGAGGAGUACCAGGAGGAGCUGGAGUUCUGCGAAAAGCUGUUACAGACCUGCUUCUCCAGCCCAACGGACGACAGCAUGGACCGGUGAAGACAGCGGCCUCUCAGGCCCUCUCCUCGGGAACCCCAGGCCUCCUGCCUCCCUCCCCACCCGAGAGACCCUCUCCCAGGGAGAGCAGGGCUGUUGGCACCCACUUGACCCUGGGCCCGACAGCCCACUCUGCUCAGCCCCCUGGAGGGGCUCAGAGGCAUUCUGGGGCCCGUCUCUCACAUCCUCACUCCACUCCCCUUGUCCUGUUCACAUUGUUUCUGGGAAAGGUGGUUCUCCUGUGUUUCGCCUCUGGAGGGGACCUGGGAGGAGGGCAUGAAACUGGGGGCCUGGCAGCCACUGGGGGGCGUGGGGGGUAAUAAAAUGUUGCUCCUGACCACCCAGUCUUUGUACGCUUUCCUUUUAUUUUUAAAUAAAAUAUUACAAUAAUUUU